CUGAAUUCAUUACAUUGUUACAUGAUCAGAAAUGAUUGCAUUUCGCUAUCAAGGGUGAUAUAGACCAGAUUACUUGGAUCACAUAACAAAGUUAUUAGACUCGGCUUGGGAGUAGUCUAUAGUUUAUUGCUCUCAAUCGAAGCCACGAAUUACCCAAGAUGUUGUCUUUGUUUGUCAGCCCAAACAUUUCAAAUAACAGCUAUGUUGGUGUUCUAUCGAAUGAUAUUUCUCAACUUAAUCGUGGUCUGAAGAUAACACUGUGUAGUGUGGUCGGUGUUGCUGGUCUUCUGGGGAAUCUGUUGGUGAUACUUGCCGUUUGCCGUGUUCCUCGAAUGAAAACCACGACAUUUUACCUCAUCGUAAACAUGUCAGUCAGUGACAUCCUCUUCACUUUCAUAUCGAUGCCUCCCUUUAUCCUUGGUAUUGCUGGCUAUGGCUUGCUCGUUGGAGGUACCUUGGGGUCAUUUCUUUGCAAGUUUGUCAAUUUCUCUGUAUUCAGCUUGAUGGCCAGUUCAGUACUGACAAUGACUGCCAUAGCUUUUGAUCGGUUUUUCGCCAUCACUAAACCCAUGAAAGACAUCAUCAACAUGGUAGUUCUUCAAAGAGUCGUUAUUGCUAUAUGGCUAAUAAGUUUCGUAACAUCAUCUCCGUUGAUCUAUUCAUUCCAACUUGGCCAAGAUAACAUUGGGUGCUUUUGCUACGAAGAGUGGUCUCCAAUAUUUGACGAAGAAACUGGUAGUCGUAUUUACACUUUGUUUGACUUUAUAGUUAUCUACAUGGUACCUUUUUUAACCAUAGCGGUCUUAUAUUCCCUGAUUGCAAGGCAUUUGUGGUUUGGCAAAAGUUCUUCAAGCAAUGGUCGUCAAACACAGAUCAACUUGCUAAGAUCAAGACGUAAAGUUGUCAUUAUGCUGAUUACUGUCAUAUUUUUCUUUAUCAUUUGCUGGCUUCCUCUCCAAAUCUUGACUCUUUUGGCCUACUUUUCAGAAAUCCAAGACAACCGAGAAGUCUUGUUUAUGGGGGAAUUUUUAAUACGGACAAAUGCUGCUAUCAACCCAUUGUUGUACUUGAUAUUCAGUAGUACGUUUCGUCAAGCGGUCAAGGAGACCUUCGUCCGGUCACAUACAACAAGAAAUCCUACCAUUGAAAUUACGAGCCCGGAAAAGGGAAACUCAGGUCGCAGAAUGUCUGUUCCAAUCUCGUAUUUCAGCAAAAAUUCCAUUUAUCAUCACAAUGACAGUUUCUUAAACCUAAAAAGAGAAACUACUUUAUAAAAGGGAACCAAAGGGACGGUAGCAACAUAUUCUUCGGCUUUUCAAAAGCCACUAGCAUUUUAAUAAAUCCUUUAAAUUGAUCUUCAUUCCUCAAUGGAAAAAAAUUAAGAUAACUAUUUAAGAUAAAAACGACAGAAUGUACAGUAUACCGUAAUUAAUGUUUACUCGUUCCGAAAGGAAGUUGCUAUUUAGAACAUGUGGAGGAGUUCUGGUGGUUGAAGGUGAGGAAUGUUUCAAGGGAAUGAGCCACUCAGCAAAAUUGGAAUAGAAUAUAAUUUCAUUUCCCCCGUUGGCAUUACUUUUGAGGGGUGAGAAGAAAGAGAGCGCGUGGCUGAUGAUAAGAAUAUGAAGAUAAUGAAUGGGUUUCGGGUGAGUACCAUGCAGUCACCGAUAAUCCAAGAACCUUAUAUCAUCCCCCCCUUCAAUUUU